AUGGAGAAGUUUUCAAACUUUAUAGAAAUGCUUGAGGUGGUGGAUCUACCGGUGUUAGGGAACAAAUUCACAAGGAUAAAUUGCAGCGGUAAAGCGAAGAGCAUAAUUGAUAGAAUCUUGCUUUCGGAAAGGAUUAUCAAUCUGUGGAAGAUCGUGGCUCAGGUGACGGGGAACAUAGACAUCUCAGACCAUAGGCCUGUGUGGGUGAAAGCUAGAAAUGUGGAUUGGGGACCGAAACCAUUCAGAGUGUUUAACUGUUGGUAUGAUCAUCCGGAAUUUGUAGAGUUUGUGAAGCGGGAAUGGAAUUCGAAGCACGUUCAAGGGAGCAGUGCAUUUGUUCUAAAAGAAAAGCUGAAACAUCUUAGGGAUAGAUUGAGAUGGUGGAAUCAAAGAGUAUUUGGGUGGAUGGAUGUGAAGAUAAAGGAUGAUGUAGACGAAUUAAAUGCAAUAGAAGAGGAAAACAUGUUCAUUUCAACUCAGUUGAACCAAGAUGUGUGCGAGAAAAGGAGACAAAUUCAGCACAGUAUAUGGAAAAAUCUCCACUACAAAGAGAGUAUGCUGAAACACAAGGCAAGGUUUCUAUCCAAACACCACAGGGUGUUGUGGAAGGAGAUAAAAAGUAAGGUGAAGAGGCAUUAUGAAGGGAGAUUCAAGAGGCUGGUUAGACCAAGACCGAAAUUGCAAGGGCUGGAGUUUAAUAGGCUCUCAAGGGAAGAUAUAGCAUUGUUAUCGGAGGAAUUCUCAAGGGAGGAAAUUAAAGAGACUGAGUUCAAUUGCGAAGGGGACAGAAGUCCAGGGCCAGACGGUUUUAAUGUUGCUUUCAUCAAAAAAUGCUGGGACGUGGUGGGGAAUGAUAUAGUGAGGUGUGUUCAAGACUUCCAUAGAAAAGCUUCUCUUCCAAGGGCAUUAGCAGCUUCGUUCAUUGCUCUAAUUUCCAAAUUUGAUCAUCCUCAAGGAUUAGAGGAAUAUAUACCUAUCUGUUUGAUUGGUAGCAUAUACAAAAUAAUAUCCAAGCUCCUAGAAGCAAGAUUAGGGAAAGUCAUUGGCAAGUUGACAUCAAAGUCUCAAACAACUUUCUUACAAGGUCGUCAGAUCUUAGAUGGUGUGUUAGUUACCAAUGAGAUUGUAGAUUUGGCAAACAGAUCAAAGAAGAGUUGUCUGUUGUUUAAAGUAGAUUUCGCCCAAGCCUAUGAUUGUGUCGAUUGGAUGUUUUUAAAGGAGAUGCUAUUAAAGAUGGGGUUCGGACACCGAUGGAUUAAAUGGAUGGAUGCGGGAGUGUUUAAUAGUAAUAUGUCAAUCUUGGUGAACGAGAGUCCGUCAAGAGAAUUUCAAGCUCAAAGGGGACUACGGCAAGGUGACCCGUUGUCACCAUUUCUUUUCACUAUUGUGUCUGAAGGACUUGCAGGACUGGUGAGACAGGCUAUUAGAGGAGGAGUGUAUAGUGGCUUCAAGAUAAGUGAAGAUGUGUCGUAUGGCAAUUCGCAGACGAUACAGUGUUGGUGGGGGAUGGGAGCAAGUCAAUUUCUUUGUUGUAAAAUUAAUAGCAUACCGUUUAAGUUUCUAGGGAUAAUGGUUGGUGGUAAUCCGAGAAGAUUAAGUUUCUGGAAUCCAAUUUUUGAUAAUAUGAGGGCUAAGUUGUCUCCUUGGAUUGGAAGGGCAAAAAAAGGUGUUGAUUGGAUAAGUUGGAGCACAGUUUGUAUGAGGAAAGAAGAUGGAUGGUUAGGUGUAAAAGACAUGGAAAAAUUCAACAAGGCUUCGUUAACUAAGUGGCUAUGGAGGUUCUUGAAGGAAGAGGGAGCAAUAUGGCAAGGGAUUCUAGAGGAAAGGUAUAGUCUUUUAUAUAAAAGAUUAUUAUUUAAGAAACUAAGUGGUAGGCACUCCUUAGAAUCAAUAUGGUGGAGAGACUUGAUGAAUAUUGGUGAUAGCAGUAGCGCUGUAGGAUUCACUCGAAAUAUUUCAAUUCGUAUUCGCGAUGGAAGCAAGGUGCCGUUUUGGAGCAGCAGAUGGUUGGGUAGAAAUGCAUUGAGCUGUGAGUUUCCUAAUCUGUUUCAGGUUCUGGAUUGUGAAGUCAAAAGUGUGAAGGAAAUGGGUGAGUGGGUGAACAAUCAGUGGAAGUGGCGGAUUGUGGAGUGUGAAUCAAAUCUGACCCAGGCAGAGUUAGAAGAAUGGGGGGAGUUGAGACAGCUUCUAUUAGAUGUAGCACCUAAGUGGAGGCAGAAGGAUUUAUUUGUUUGGCCAUUAAAUGGAUCGGGGGUGUUCAAUGUAAAAGACUAUUAUGGGAGCAUGGUUUUGGAACAAACAAAUAUGGAAGAGGAGCCUGCGACCAAAAAAGCUUGGUCAAUAGUGUGGAAGUCAUGGAUGCCGUCAAAGGUCAAAUUUUUUGCUUGGAGAUUGUUCAAAGAUAGAUUGGCAACAGAGCUUGUAAAGAGAGGCAUUAUAGAAAACAAUGAUGCAUCAUUUUGUGUAUUUGGCUGCCAAUGUCGGGAAAAUAUUCAUCAUUUGUUCCUUUCUUGUGGUUUAGUAGUCGGGGUGUGGGGGAAAGUUUAUUAG